AAAUGUCCACCAUAUCUGCUGCCAGCGUCGAGCCCGUUGCAAUUGAGGGCACGGAGAAGAAACCAAUGAAACCCUGUUGUGCGUGCCCAGAGACGAAGAAAGUUAGGGAUGCGUGCAUCAUUGAGAAGGGCGAAGAAAGUUGCACAGAUCUCAUCGAGGCACAUAAGGAUUGUAUGAGGGCGCUUGGAUUCAAGAUUUAAUAUGACUUUAUAUAAUGAGUCAUUGUGUUGUUGCUGGCUGGCCGUCUUAAAGGGACCUGGGAUAUUCCUCGUGUUCUUAUUUAUACCCCAACAUGAAAGGAAGAUGUGAUCGCUGCACAGAUGGUCAUGAUGGAAGAUAUGUUCCACUGAGUGACAUGUUUUUUGAAUGCUCUGAAUUUCAGAAUUAUGUGAAUGUUGUUCUGCUGAUUUGAGUGACAUAAAUAUCCUAUGCAAUUUGA